AUGACGACAUGCAACACUACAAAAGCUGAAAGUGAAAGUAAAGGUGCCAGAAUGGAUCAGCACCUCUCCAAGUUUGCAAAGAUCACAGAGGGCAUCAUGACGUCACACGGCUGUUAUCUCUGCCUGUUGCUUUUAAGCGUAAUCCUGAUCGAGCCAUCAGAAGCAGGUUGUAUGAACCACUUCAAAAAAGCAGACUGGAAGAAAACUACAAUAGACAAGCUCCCAGAGAAUAUUCCUGUCAAAAUAAUGAACAAGUCUGAGGACAUCGUUGUAUGUAGUUUAAUGAAAGGCAAAGACUGUGAAAACAAAGAAGAAACCUGUUUUCUACGGGAGUGUUUUGAGGACUAUGAACCGCCAUGUAACGAGACGGAUAAGAACAUCAGUGUCCCUUUCUACCACUUCAUGUGCUUGACAGAUAUAGCCAAGGGUCUACGAGACAAAACAAAAGGAAGACAACCAAACCUAACUGCAGAAGAAGUCUGUAACGUGUAUGAAAAAGUGUGUAAGCGAGAUUCUCCCAACCCAGAUCAAUUCAAGGGCACAAAUUCCGAAAAAGUGAGAAACUUACAGAUUAUAAUAGGUGUCCUUAUCUUCACCAACUUCCUUUGGGCGGUGGCUUUUUACAUGUACACGCAGAGACUUCAAAGGAGUAACGAGACACCUGAAAGUUCCAUCAUCAUAAAUUCACCUGAAACCACCAUAAUUGAAAGCCCUUGCCCACACAGAACACAUCUUUAGAAGUUCUGGACUGAUGAGAAAAUCUUUUCUAAAUUUGGCCAUCGCAGAAUCUGGGUACGGGGAUCUGCUCUACACAGCUUGUUAACACUCCAGAUGAAGUAAAGGUGGUCUGUGAAUGCUUCUGAGCCCAAAGGAGGAUAAACUUGUGAAGAAUGUGAAGAAGAGUGAGACCGAACAAGCCGCAGCAUGCCUAUUCAUGUAACUGCUCUGCAGUCACAAAUCAAGAAGGUUUUGUGGAUUACCCCAGCACCACGUCCAAGCAAUAAACUUUCCGCCUCAUGUAAAAUGUUUUACUGCUGUGCUGGUUUUAAGUGACCAAGGUCUUGCCAGAAGAACUACACCGGGCUAGUUACAUUAAGAAUGUUGUUGCUGAUGAGGGAGUCUGUUUUAACACAGGCAAUAAAGAGUUGGGUCUUUUUGGUCAUAUUAAGAAUAAUUUGAGACACAAAAACACAGAUUACCCAUGUGGUCUGUGAACGUAUAAAGUGUGUUAAAGUGUUGUAGAAGUGUGCAGAAAACUAUAUUUGGUGUGACUGCAAAAAAAAGUUGUAAUGUUUAUAUAGCU